AUGUCUCUCUAUCUCUCUCUCUCUCUCUCUCUAUCUAUCUAUUGUAAUGUGUCCAUAUCUAUCUAUCUAUCUAUCUAUCUAUCUAUCUAUCUAUCUAUCUAUCUAUCUAUUGUAAUUCCAUAUCUAUCUAUCUAUCUAUCAUCUAUCUAUCUAUCUAUCUAUCUAUCUAUUGUAAUGUGUCCAUAUCUCUCUAUCUAUCUAUCUAUCUAUUGUAAUGUGUCCAUAUCUCUCUCUCUCUCUCUCUAUCUAUCUAUCUAUCUAUCUAUCUAUCUAUCUAUCUAUUCUAAUGUGUACAUUUCUAUCUAUCUAUCUAUCUAUCUAUCUAUCUAUCUAUCUAUCUAUCACAGUCUAUUCACAUCUAUCUAUCUAUCUAUCUAUCUAUCUAUCUAUCUAUCUAUCUAUCUAUCUAUCUAUCUAUCUAUGUUCUUAUCUAUUAACCUCGAUUUGUAUACCGAACUCAUUUUAGCUCUCUACUGGAAGAAACAGGUUAAAUCAAAACUUUCUAUUAUUUAA